UUCUGUAUAUUUCAGACAUGAAUUUCUAACCAUGGGCGAUUGGAACUUAUUGGGUGGCGUCCUAGAGGAAGUUCACUCCCACUCAACCAUAGUGGGGAAAAUCUGGUUGACUAUCCUCUUCAUCUUCCGAAUGCUGGUGCUUGGUGUCGCUGCUGAGGAUGUCUGGGAUGAUGAACAGUCCUCCUUUGCCUGCAACACCCAGCAGCCAGGUUGCAACAAUAUCUGUUAUGAUGAUGCUUUCCCUAUCUCUUUGAUCAGGUUCUGGGUUUUGCAGAUCAUCUUCGUGUCUUCCCCUUCUCUGGUGUAUAUGGGCCAUGCGCUUUAUAGACUCAGGGACUUUGAGAAGCAAAGGCAGAAGAAGAAGUCACACCUUAGAGCCCAGAUGGAGGAUCCAGAGCUUGACCUGGAAGAGCAGCAAAGGGUAGAGAGGGAGCUGAGGAGACUCGAAGAGCAGAAAAGGAUUCAUAAAGUCCCUCUGAAAGGAUGUCUGCUGCGUACUUAUGUCUUACACAUCUUGACCAGAUCUAUGCUAGAAGUAGGGUUCAUGUUGGGCCAAUAUAUUCUCUAUGGGUUUCAAAUGCACCCUGUUUACAAAUGCACCCGACCCCCUUGCCCCAAUGCAGUGGACUGCUUUGUAUCCAGGCCUACAGAGAAGACCAUUUUCAUGCUCUUUAUGCACAGCAUUGCUGCCUUUUCCUUGUUACUCAAUAUCCUGGAAAUAUUUCAUCUGGGCAUCAGGAAAAUCAUGAGGGCACUCGAUGGGAAGUCCAGCAGUGGGAAAACUGAGAAUGAAACAGGCCCUCCAUUCCAUUCAACAAACUACUCAGGGGCACAGCCGUGUGUGGUUUGUUCUUCUUUACCUGAAAGAUUCUCAGUACUUCAAGCCAACAACAAACAGCAAGUCAUCCGAGUCAAUAUACCAAGGUCUAAAAGCAUGUGGCAAAUCCCACAUCCCAGGCAACAUGAGGUAGAUGUUUCCUGUAGCAAAAGAGACUGGGCUGAGAAAGUUACCAACAAUGGACAGCUCCAUGUCCACAGCCCAUGCCCCCAUGAUGGCUGUGCCAAAAUUCAGCACCCAGGACAGCAACCACGCCGGUCCUUCUCUGGCCCAAAACAUGUAAUGUCUCAGUCCUGGUUAGGUACAAUGACAGCUUCUCCACACUGCCCACCAUCUACAUUAGGAACCUGGGAGCAAUCCCAGGGCCCAGAGGCCUCAGGCAAACCUCUCACUGAUCUUCAAAGUCACUUCCAAGGCAGCGACGGUAGUGCAAGAGAGAGUGGGGUCUGGGUGGAUAGAACAGGCCCAGGCAGCCGCAAGGCCAGCUUUCUAUCCAGGCUGCUGUCAGAAAAGGGACACCUGCACAGUGACUCAGGAAGCUCAAGGUCUCUGAAUAGUUCCUGCUUGGAUUUCCCACAAAGGGAAAACAGCCCUUCACCUUUACCCUCAGCCACCGGGCACAGAGCGUCAAUGGUAAGUAAAGGCAGCCAUGUUCAUCCACCUCCUCAAUCUUCCCCUUUUAUCCUACAUGGGAUAUAUGUACAUAUGUAUUAA